CCACUAUUUCCCGUUUUCAGACUCCACUUGAUCACACCGCCCGAUCAUCAUCGCCCCACUACUUCAAUCAACACUAAACUUGAACACACCACUUCAAUAUAAAAAUUCGUUGUAUCUCAACAAACCACAAGUUUAGCAUUGUUUUCUAUGCGCAACUUCUCACUCACAUCCAAUUUCGUUGAAAUAUCGAAAGAAAGGAAGCACAUAAUUAGUGGAGCGAUGAAUUUCCUCCUCCUCUUCCUCCUCCUGUUAAUCAACAGCAAUGGCGUAAGCUGCAGCCCGCCUGUUCUCCCAGUCAAAUGCGACACCAGCGGUUGCGCAGUGAGCAACGCCUACGGAAUAUUCCCCGACCGAUCGACGUGCAGAGCCGCAGCGGCCGUUUUUCCUUCGUCGGAAGAAGAGCUGGUGGCGGCGGUGGCGGCGGGCAGCCGCAACAAGCAGAAAAUGCGGGUGGUCACGCGGUGGUCGCACUCCAUUCCCAAAUUGGUGUGCCCGGGCGGAGAAGAGGGGCUAAUCAUAAGCACCCAGGAGCUGAAGCGCGUGGUUAGCGUAGACGAGGAGUCCAUGAGAAUGAGUGUGGAAAGCGGAGCUGCGUUGAGGGAUAUCAUAAGCGCGGCUGCGGAUUAUAACCUGGCGCUGCCACAAACGCCUUAUUGGACGGGGCUCACAAUAGGGGGGAUCCUCUGUACGGGGGCUCAUGGCAGCUCACUCUUUGGGAAGGGAAGUGCUGUUCACGAGUAUGUUGUGGGGAUGAGAUUGGUGGCUCCCCUGAGUGGAGGGAAUGCAAGUGUUGUGACUCUCAAUUCCUCCCAUGCCGAUCUCGAUGCUGCCAAGGUUUCUCUUGGCCUUCUCGGAGUCAUUUCUCAGGUAACACUACAGUUGCAGCCAAUGUUCAAGAGGUCUAUCACAAACGUUAAAAAGGAUGAGACAGAUUUAGAACAGAGCAUAGUGGAAUUUGCAAGAACACACGAAUUUGGAGACGUGACAUGGUAUCCCGGACAGCGUAAGGUUGUUUACAGAAUAGAUGGGAGAGUUCCUGUAAACCAAUCUGGAGAUGGAGUCAACGACUUUAUUGGCUUUCGCCAAACCUUAACUGCAGGCUUGGCCAUCACCCGUUCAGCAGAGGAGUUACAGGAAUCUACAAAGGAUGCCAAAGGAAAAUGCAUGACGGCCAGGAUUCAGGUAGGGGCUCUGCAGAGUAUUGGUUCAGGCUUCAAGAACAACGAUUUAGGGUUUUACACAUAUCCCAUUGUAGGCUACCAUAACAAGCUGCAGGCAGCCGGGUCAUGUCUCAACUCCACACAAGAUUUGCUGCUCACGGCUUGUCCAUGGGAUCCUCGCAUUAAGGGAGAAUUCUUCCACCAGACUACCAUGAAAAUCAGCAUGACCAAGAUUUCAGACUUCAUUACAGACAUUAAAAAGCUGAGAGAUCUGAAUCCCUCUGGUUUGUGUGGGGUGGAGCUCUACAAUGGAAUUCUCAUGCGUUUUGUGAAGGCCUCCAGUGCUUAUUUGGGAGCAAAUGAGGAUUCUGUGGACCUAGAUUUCACAUAUUACCGAUCUAAGGACCCCCUGGUUCCUAGACUUGACGAGGAUAUGCUUGAAGAGAUUGAGCAGAUGGGUCUGUUUAAAUAUGGAGGCACUCCCCACUGGGGUAAGAACCGCAACAUUGCAUUUCAGGGAGUAUUGAACAAGUAUAAAAAAGGUGGGGACUUUUUGAAAGCUAUGAAAAAGUAUGAUCCUGAGGGAUUGUUUUCAAAUGAGUGGACUGAUGGAGUGCUGGGAAUAGGAAAGGAAGGGGUAGUUAUAGACAAGGAUGGUUGUGCUUUAGAAGGUCUGUGUUUAUGUGCAGAGGACAGGCACUGUGCUCCUCACAAAGGUUACUUUUGUUGGGCAGGAAGAGUGUACACCGAUGCUAGAGUUUGUAGAUAUGAAGGAUAGAGUAGCACCUUAUUGUAUGCAUUUAUUAGAUCGGCAAUGUUAAUUUUGUUAGUUUUGUGUAUAGAGGAAAAAUAUA